ACGUCACGCAUCAUAUACCUAAAGGGGACUCAACGAACGGUAAGUACAGAAAGUACCGAAAAUAUUUGGAACAAAGACUGCAGUAAUGAGGACAGAAGACUUCAUUUCCGAAAUCUUCCUUAUCACACCUCGCGAACGCGAACACGUUCCCACAAGGAUCAGCUGUCGCUGGAGAUAUCACGGAGAUGGGCAAUAUUUCGACACUCUGGACCUGCGCCUCCGAAUCCUUCACACAGAUCAAGACGGUCCCUUUGACGAUGCUACUGGAACUCCCCUCGGCACGCUGUUCCGCGGCAUCCGGGAUAAGAUGCAGGGAUCCGAGCUAGCACAAUCGACAGAGUUAGCGACCACAGUGAUACUGGUCCCACGUGACCGCGACGGCUUUGUGUGCAGGAGCGACUUCCUACAUCUCCGGGCGGGACAAUCGCGGUUUGUCGAGCGUGUCAUCGCCUUCGCAGGAUGGGAGAAGCACCUUGCGUCUCUGCCUACCGGCACUGAUGCCAUGAAGCGACUGCUGGCGCUGCUGCCAAGCUCUCCCGGCGCUCUUCUCCUAAGGCAGGCACCGAAUGAAACGAUGCUAGAUGAUCUCGCAGCACGACUGUCAUUCAACUGGCUGCUGCCUACAAAGCCCGCCGCUCGCCGCGUAGCAGUGGUCUCCGGACGCCCGUUCCCAGAUCGAAAGCGCCAAAUGUACAACGCCCAGGGCUACUUCGCCGCGGCCCGCGCCCUCGGCAUUUCGCUCGUGGUCGUGGAUCAUCCAGGGCACUGGCUCGAAAACAGUUCUUAUCAGGAUCUUCGAGAAGAGUUUGUCCCCAUGGACAUGGAUAUCAAUCGCUUGGCUGAUCUGCCACAGCGACUGGUGGCGGCCCUGAAAGACAAGCGCCUUGACGGCAUCGUGACCUUCUGGGAUGCGUACGUUAUACAGACGGCCGAAGCUGCAGAGCUCCUUGGGUUACCCACAGAAUCGUCCCUGGCGUUGCGGCAGGCGCACCUCAAGCACGAGAUGCGCAAGCUUGUCAGCCAGCCCAACAUCCAGGCAGUGACCAUUCGUAGCGCGGAGCAGCUGAAUGAUUCUUGCAUGGCGGAGACGCUUCGCAGCCUGCGGUACCCCUUGGUCGUGAAGCCAUGUCGCGGCGGGACAUCUGAGAGCGUGAAGAAGGCGACGAAUGAAAGCAGUAUGCGAGAGGCUGUACGCAUGGCCUUCAGAGACGGUUUUUUCAAUCCCGCCAUUCCCCUCGUCAUGCUCGAGACGUAUGUUGAAGGCCCCGAGAUCGACGCCAACUUCAUGCUCUGGGACGGCAAGAUCCAGUUCCUCGAGGUGACAGACAACUUUCCGUGCGCGGCUGAUGCGCUUGGUGCCACGGUUACCGACCCCUUCCGCGAGACGGUACAGGUAUCAAAUACUCGACUGCCCCAAGUCGAGGUCGAUGUCAUUCGCUCCUCUCUGCACCGCAGCAUCCUGAAGCUGGGCUUUCGCUCUGGCGUCUUCCAUCUUGAAGCCCGCAUGCGGAAUUCGUCCAUGAAGUACCAAGACACUCGUAAUGAUGGGAUAAUAGACUUGGAUCCGGAUCCCGGCAUCACAGCCAACCCUCGCGUCAAGGCGGAUGUGUUCCUCAUCGAAAUGAACGUCCGUCCGCCUGGCACGGGUGGUACGUGGGCGACGUUGUUCGCCUACGGCGUUGACCAAGGUGCCCUACAUUUUCUGCGCGGCAUUGACGAUGGCGAGCGCUUUGCGGCUCUGUCGCAGCCUUAUGCUUUCCCUAGUGGUAGUCCUGGGGAUGGCGGCGGUGCUCAGUACUGGUCUGCGCAAUGCAUGGUUCCCAUCCAUCGCGACAACAUUCGUGUUCCUGACGACUUGUGGGAGAGAGUUUAUCAAGCACUGCCUGAGGUGGAGCCGUAUGUAAGUCGGGCCGAGAUGUAUGCAGAGCCAGGCACGAUUGUGUCUACCAACAGAGGUGUGGGGUGGAUUGGUUAUGUGUUGCUUUUCUCGCGGAAGAGCAGGAGACACCUGCUGGAGAUAUACCAUCAACUCUCAAAGACUUGUAUCAAGGUAUUAGAUGAAGGGCUACAGUGUUCGUAAUGUGGUCUGUGAGGGGGGCGAACCUCAACCAUACUGAGAGAGUAAUCAAUUGUAACGUUACAGGGCUUCU